AUUUUCGUAUUUAAAUGCACUAAAAUUAUCUAGUGGACCAAAUUUUUUUACAUUCUGCACAAGAUGGAUGAGACCGUGUACAUUAUGAGAGACGUUAACAUAAUAUUCUAAUAGCUGCAUGUAACGUUACAAAGUGAUCAUAUAUGUCACGACGAAGAAUAUCUUUAAAAGCUACAGGUCCUACAUACAGAAGUAACUGUCGAAAUUCGGUAGCUUUCCAUAAUUUAACCAAAGUUAGUGAUCGAGGUUUUCGUACAAAUUCAGAAGUUUUAAUUAUGGAGCAAUACGCUGUAAUAGAAUUUAAUGAUGGAGUGCAAAUGAUAUCAUCCUCUUGGAUAACCGAAGAUAAAAAACAUGCAUAUUGGCCGACUUUCUCCAAUAAUGAAAAGUUUAGAAAGGCAGUAAAAAAAUGUGUUUCAAAAAUGGAUGAUUGGCCACAGCAUGAAAUAAAAAAAUUCUGGACAACUACGAGUAGAUACAUAUGAUAAAGGAAUGAAAAUUUAAAAAAAAAUUGAAUAUAUAUCAGAUAUUAAUUCUCAAAGUGAGGAUAAUGAAAUUUCCAAAAAAAGUAGAAAGAACAGAGCGAAAACUGUCAAAAGUAGCGAAGAAAGCUUCUCCGAAGAAGAAAAAAGAGUUCACGUACCCGCUUAU